AUGAGCCUGUCUUCAAAACAGUCCAAGGCGACUACGUCUUCUGUUGAACCUUCCAAGCUAAGUUGCUCCAAUGCGCUCUGGAGGGUGAAGUGCAGCGUGUCGCUGCUCACGGGCUUCGUUUUGGGCGUGAUUCCCGUGCGGGGCAUCUUUGGCUUCCUGGCGUUUGGGCUAGCCCAGGGCAUCGCUGGCUUGCUAUUCCUUACCUUCAUGAAACUCCCGGACUACGUCCUCGACCAUAUGGAGGCGCUGACGGAGCACGUGAUGAUGUCCUUCAGUUGUUUCACGGUAACCUGGAUAAUCACGUACAGCCUGUUCAAUUUCUGA